AAGAGCCACCCGGAAACGUUGCAGCAGCCCAGGCUCGGCUUUUGUGGCUGUGGGUUAUUGGCACCGUUGUCGCUCGGGCCUUCCUUGGUGGCCCUGGGGCAACGGCCCGUCGUUUCUGAGGAGAAGCGGCCGAGGCUAGGCUGUCGCCGUCAUGCACGACGCCUUCGAGCCGGUGAUGAUCCUGGAAAAACUGCCACUGCAGAUCGACUGCUUAGCGGCUUGGGAAGAAUGGCUCCUAGUUGGGACUAAACAAGGACAUCUUUUACUUUACAGAAUUCGAAAAGAAAGUGGCUGCAACAGGUUUGAAGUCAUAUUAGAAAAAUCAAACAAGAACUUCUCCAAGAAGAUACAGCAGAUCCAUGUUGUAUCCCAGUUCAAAAUUUUGGUCAGUUUAUUAGAAAACAACAUUUAUGUUCAUGAUCUGUUGACCUUUCAACAGAUCACAACAGUUUCCAAGGCAAAAGGUGCAACUCUCUUUACUUGUGAUCUGAAGCACUCUGAUACUGGAGAAGAGGUGCUUAGAAUGUGUGUGGCAGUGAGAAAGAAGUUACAGCUGUUUUAUUGGAAGGACCGAAAAUUCCAUGAGCUGCAGGGAGAUUUCAGUGUACCAGAUGUACCUAAGUCAAUGGCAUGGUGUAAAGAUUCAAUCUGUGUUGGUUUCAAAAGAGAUUAUUAUCUAAUAAAGGUAGAUGGCAAGGGAUCAAUUAAGGAACUAUUCCCUACAGGAAAGCAGCUUGAGCCAUUAGUAGUCCCACUGGCAGAUGGCAAAGUUGUUGUAGGCCAAGAUGAUCUAACUGUUGUGUUGAAUGAAGAAGGAGUCUGUACACAGAAAUGUGCCUUCAAUUGGACAGAUAUCCCAAUAGCCAUGGAACAUCAGACUCCAUACGUGGUCGCAGUAUUGCCAAGAUAUGUAGAGAUUCGUACGUUUGAGCCCCGUCUCCUGGUUCAGAGUAUUGAACUACAACGGCCACGCUUCAUUACUUCUGGAGGUCCUAAUAUUGUAUAUGUGGCCAGCAAUCAUUUUGUUUGGCGCCUCAUUCCAGUUUCCAUUGCAACCCAGAUUCAGCAGCUCCUCCAAGAUAAACAGUUUGAAUUGGCUUUGCAAUUGGCGGAUAUGAAAGACGAUUCUGACAAUGAAAAACAACAACAGAUCCAUCAUAUUAAGAAUCUUUAUGCCUUCAAUCUUUUCUGCCAAAAGCGCUUUGAUGAAUCAAUGCAAGUCUUUGCUAAACUUGGGACAGAUCCUACACACGUGAUAGGUCUUUAUCCUGAACUCUUGCCCACUGAUUACAAAAAACAGCUCCAGUAUCCAAAUGCAGUGCCAAGUCUUUCUGCAGCAGAGCUAGAAAAAGCACACCUAGCACUUAUAGAUUACUUAACUCACAAACGAAGUCAGUUAGUAAAGAAGCUGUAUGAUUCUGACCAUCAGUCUACUACAUCUCCCCUCAUGGAGGGAACACCAACCAUAAAAUCCAAAAAGAAAUUGAUACAGAUAAUUGAUACUACAUUGUUGAAAUGCUUCCUCCAUACAAAUGUAGCCUUAGUGGCACCAUUACUGAGACUGGAGAACAAUCAUUGCCAUAUUGAGGAAAGUGAACAUGUGCUCAAGAAAGCUCACAAAUACAGUGAAUUAAUCAUACUAUAUGAGAAGAAAGGUCUCCAUGAAAAGGCCUUGCAGGUGCUAGUGGAUCAGUCCAAGAAAGCUAAUUCUCCUUUGAAGGGCCAUGAAAAAACUGUACAGUAUUUACAACAUUUGGGAACAGAGAACUUGAAUUUAAUAUUUUCCUAUUCGGCUUGGGUACUUAGGGAUUUUCCUGAAGAUGGAUUAAAAAUAUUUACAGAAGAUCUUCCUGAGAUAGAAGCCCUCCCACGAAAAAGAAUUUUGAACUUCUUGUUAGAGAAUUUUAAAAACCUCGCUAUUCCUUACUUGGAGCAUGUAAUUGAUAUCUGGAACGAGUCUGGUUCAGAGUUUCACAAUUGUCUGAUUCAGCUCUACUGUGAGAAAGUGCAAGGCCUAAUGAAGGAAUAUCUCACUUCUUUCCCUCCAGAUGAAACACCAGUGCCAGCUGGAGAGGAAGAGGGGGAGCUUGGAGAGUACCGAAAAAAACUUCUUUCCUUUCUCGAGAGUUCCAGUUAUUACAAUGCUGAGCAACUCAUCAGUGACUUUCCCUUUGAUGGUCUCCUAGAAGAACGUGCAUUGCUCUUGGGACGGAUGGGAAAUCACGAGCAAGCUCUAUUUAUAUACGUUCACAUCCUGAAGGACACCAAGAUAGCUGAAAAUUACUGUCAUAAACACUAUGACCGAAACAAAGAUGGCAGUAAAGAUGUAUACUUGUCUCUGCUCCGAAUGUAUCUUUCACCACCUAGUGUUCAUUGCUUGGGACCAAUCAAGAUGGAACUCUUAGAGCCACAAGCCAAUCUUCAAGCUGCAUUGCAGGUUCUGGAACUUCAUCACAGCAAAUUGGACACUACUAAAGCAAUAAAUCUCCUUCCAGCCAAUACUCAAAUUAGUGAGAUCCGAAUAUUCUUGGAAAAAGUCCUUGAAGAAAAUGCCCAAAAGAAGCGAUUCAAUCAGAUACUUAAAAAGCUUCUCCAUGCUGAAUUCUUACGGGUGCAGGAAGAACGGAUUUUACAUCAGCAAGUGAAAUGUAUAAUCACAGAAGAAAAAGUUUGUGGUGUGUGUAAAAAGAAGAUUGGAAAUAGUGCCUUUGCCCGGUUUCCUAAUGCAGUUGUUGUGCAUUAUUUCUGCUCCAAAGAUGUUGGUUCAAUGGAUACCUGAAAGCAUUGCCACGCAUUACAUGAACUAGGUGGCCAUGAUGUUCAUAUGGAAAGAGAAAGAACAUUUGUUAAGCAGUUUGAUUUCUCUAAAGAAACUUCUGAGGCAUGUUGCUUGCAAACAGCUUGAGCCCUCCAUUGCUUCACUGGAUGAUUUCUAAUUUGUCCAGUGUGGACUGAACAACAACAAAAAAACAGGUUUAAACUAUUGUUAGAUACACUUAGCGGCAGGUUUACCUCAUACUACUUCAGUUUGAGGAAGAAUGCAAAUUAAAUAUGUAAUGGGUUGCUGUUACACUCCAGAUUUAUAAGAAUUCCUAGUAAAGGAAAACUGAUGCUGAAUAUUAAUGACAAGAGCAAAUAGCAUUUUGGGUACAAGUCCUCAUUCAGAUCCAAGGUGAGAAAAAAAUCUUUUAUUUUAUCAGUGUUGUAUUAAAAUCUACUUUCAUCAGCUAUUUGGAGGCAGGUACUACCAAAAAGGCUGUACUUAGAUUUUCUUUCCUUCUGAUAUUGGAAAUAAGUAGGUACUGAUAAGAAAACUUUGUAUCUGAAGAGAUUAUCAGCAGUAAUAGUUCCAAAGGAACUAAUCUCAUACAAUAUGAUCAGAAUUGGUAUUUUUAGUUUAAUUUUUUUGAAAAUACAAAUGGGCUUACUAUUUGCACUGUGUUUUGUCACUAACAUUAUGAGCGUAAUGAAAACGGCAACAGUUUUUGAAGGAAAACUAGCACUUGCACUUUUACAGAAAAGAGAAAAAAGUGGUCUUUUGAGAUUUUUAAGAGGGCAUGUUUUCAUAUUGCUGGAACAUCUGAUCUUUGUUUAAAAACAACAUUGUAAUGAAAUAUUUAAGCCUUUUGUGCACUUCCUCCUUCUGGUAGAGCAGAGGCUUAUUUAAUGUUAGUAUUUUGAGUUUCUUACACCUGUUCAAAUUGGUGCUCUUUGGUUGCUUGAUGUACCUAAGUCACUUUUUUAUGUUGGAAGAAACUGCUUACUGUUACAUACUGGAAUUUAAAUCUUUGUUGUAAAGGGGAUAAGGAUGUGAGUAUUCACAUAAAAAUAAACCUGGGAGCUAAAUGAGGAAUUACUUCAACUUAGUUUGGUGUUGUUUUACUUUAUUGUAUUUUGUAAAUUUGAUAAUGCAAUUGAGGCACAUGAUUCAUUUACUGAGCUGGCCUAAAAUGUAAAGAUGGCCCAAGAAAAGUUGGUUAAGGUUUUCUUUUUGUGUUUGAAUUUCAGUUAUAAUAUAUGCUUGUUAUAGUUAGAAAUGAACAAGGAGAAAUUUAGAACAUAAUACACUUCAAAAACAGCUUGGUAUUUUGUAAUUGUUUUCCUGAUAACCUUUAUUAUAUUUCCAGUGGAGUAUAUUCCAGAGAGUAUAUCUCUUUCUUCAGUUAAUUGCAUAUUGCUGCAGGUUUUAUGAUUCAUUCAUUUGUAAAAUUAAGUACCAUUUCAAUGGGUGUAUGUGUGGAACGAAGUAAUUCUCUUCUUCACAUGGAAGAAAUACGAAGCGAUUGGAUUUUGCUCAUUUAUAUUCAAAAACCUUUAUAAAGUAGGGCAGAUAAUUUUCCUCAGAGAUUAAAUGAAAUAUGUAACGGACAAAGGACAAUUAUUGCAAAACCAAUUAUGAGCUUUGCUGACCAUUCUGAAACACUUUAAAAUGUGUUUGCUCCCAAGAAAGUAGGGAGCCCCUGAAGCUUCUGGUAAGUAUUUAGCUUUUCCUUCACAGCAAAGUUUUUAUGUGCCUUGGUUCAGCUUCCUGUAUUGUUGGAGGAGAUGCUGCUUGUGUUUUUAUUGCCUGUUGUAUAAAAAUAUGUGACUCACUAAUUGUACAGCAGGCUCCUUUAAAGCAAUAAAAUAUAACAUUUUGAGAAAUUGGCACUGCCAUCUGUUUUUCCCUGUAUUUCCUUUUGAAAUCAGUGGUGGGCAUAAGUACUGUCCAAGAGUUUAGCGUGAAAUAAGUAUUGUGCUGAUAGUGAAGUUCUAAAAAGUUCUGUUCAGGAAUCUCUCCCUCCCUCUCUCUCUCGUCUCUUUUCAAAUCUGAAACUGCUGUACAAGUUUAUGAAGUUCAGUUUAACUU